AUGGCUCAGAAUCAUCCCGACAAGAUUGCCAUCGUUGGUGCCACCGGCCGCAUCGGAGGCUACUUUGCCAGGGCUCUCCUCAAGGCCGGAAAGCACACUAUCACAACCCUUCGCCGCGCCGACAGCAAGGGCAAGUACCCAGAGGGCGCCAAGAUCGUCGAUGUCGACUUUGACGAUGAGUCUUCUCUCGUCAAGGCCCUCGAGGGCCAGCAGGUCCUCAUCAUCACACUCUCUGUCCGAGCUCCGCCCACGCUGCACUCCACCAUCGUAAAGGCUGCUGUCAAGGCUGGCGUGCCUUACAUCAUGCCCAAUACCUGGGGCCUGUACCUGACCGACGAACUCGCCAAGAACUCGCAGUACGCUGCCAACGGCCUCAAGCUCUACCAGGAGAUCCAAGACCUCGGCGCCACCUACAUCGCCAUGGGCUGCGGCUUUUGGUACGAGUGGAGCCUCGGGCUCGGCGAGCCCUGGUACGGCUUCGACAUCAAGGCGCGCACGGUCACCUUCUACGACGACGGCAAGACCGUCAUCAACACGAGCACCUGGGACCAGUGCGCCCGCGCCAUUGUCGCCCUGCUGAGCCUGCCCCUCCGCGGCGCCUUCCCGGCCCUGUCGGACUGGGACAACCGCGCCGUGCUGGUCUCGAGCUUCCGCGUCAGCCAGCGCGACAUGCUCGACAGCCUGCACCGCGUGUUGGGCACCACCGACGCCGACUGGGAGAUCAGCUACGAGCAGACGGACCUGCGCGAGAAGCGCGGGCUCAAGAUGGCGGCCGCGGGUGAUCUCAGGGGCAUCGCGACCUCGCUGUACGCGCGGGCCUUCAUGCCAUCCUCCCAGUCCGACUUUGAGUCACGCCACGGCACGGACAACGAGAAGCUGGGCCUGCCCAAGGAGGACCUCGACGAGGCGACCAAGCGCACUGUGGACAUGGUGAACGACGGCUUCAGCCCGAUGACGCAGUUCUCGUGA